AUGGAAAAUUCGAGUCAAGAAGUGGCCCCGUUGAAGAUCGUGAAGGGCAAACCUCGCCCGCCUGUACCCCAUCUUACGUUUACAACGGGUACAUCGACUACCCAACACGCUCCGACUACCCGUGAAAGACCAGACCAGAUGACGCCGCCGCUCACGCCUCACGGCUCGAAAGAGGAUAUGACGGCCGAGCGAGCAGGAACAGGCAGAUCUAUUUUCCACAACUAUCUUCGUGCCUUCUAUCCAUUUCAUCCGUCGGGUACCGUCUCCCCGUCCACCGUCACCCUUCCACUGGACCAAGGAGACAUUAUUCUCGUACAUUCGGUCCAUGUCAACGGCUGGGCAGAUGGAACACUUCUCGAGACGGGAGAUCGGGGCUGGUUGCCGACCAACUAUUGCGAAGCAUACGAUCAAUUGCCUAUGCGGCCUCUGCUUAAGGCAUUGACCGACUUCUGGGACAUUAUCCGGGGAGGUUGUGGCAAGUCUCUCCGAGACUUUGGCAACCAGGACUUGAUGAGAGGGCUUAUCGCCGGUGUGCGAUUUCUACUAGAAAAAUCAGAGUGUCUCACGAGAGAAUCGCCUCUUGUCCAACGUUACGAUGGACUUCGCAGAAAUAGAAAGGCACUGCUCGCCGAGCUCUCAUCCCUGGUGAAGAUCGCCAAGAGACUGCAAGACCUCGCCAAUGGCACUCCUUCCGAUGAGGAAGUGGAGAAGAUACUUGAUGAGAUGCUCCUCAAGGCGUUUAAGAUCGUCACCCGAGGGGUUCGCUUUCUGGAUGUGUGGAAUGAAGAAGUUGGUCUCGCUAGAGCCAUGCAGGAACUCGAGCGUCCCGAGACAUCUCGUGCGGGCUAUGACGCUCCAUUAUUGACUCCGCCCACCGACACAUUCUCGAUUCCCGACCGAGCAGGAUCCGCAGCAGCUGUGUCCUCUGCCUCUGAGACGAACGGGAGUCAUCUUAACGUCAGCCAGGCCUCUACGCGUACCGAACACCCGGGACAACCGCCUAGACCGAUUUCUGUCCAGGGGAACAGGAUCUCUAUUUCUCACAGGGUAUCCUAUUCGGGACCAUCUGCAGCGCUUCGUAACCCAAAUCUCGCAUCAGAACGCCUUGGCUCGGCAUAUGAUGGCUUCCUGGGGGUGUUGGGGUCAUUCAUUGGUCUUCACCUGCAGUCGCGGUCGUCGACAGAGCUGAUCCUCACGACUCAACAGUCCGUCCAGUCAUGUCGGGCACUACUAUCUGUUGUCGAGGCGAUCUGGGAACACGAUCUCAAGCGUUCAGUGGAGCUGGAGCAAGCCAAGGAUACAAUGUAUGAUCGCAUCACAGAGUUGGUUCAUGCGGCGCGGGAUGCUUUUCGACCAAAUGCCACGGAUGAUGAGGUUGUGUUUAUGCCAGACGAGGGCAAGCGUCUGGUAGAUGCUGCCACAGAUUGCGUUCGGGGUGCUGGCAGCUGUGUGGCCAAAGCUCGUCAGGUGCUGGAGCAGAUCGGUGACUUCGAAUUUGACUCUCCUGCGAUCGACUCACAGCCCGACUCGGACGCACCUGACAAGACGCCACAGCCUCAACAAGGAGGUGCGGAAAAUCCUGAACGCCCACCUCAGCCAUCUAUGCGCCUUCCUCCUCCCCCACUCCGCAUCCCGAACAAGGACCUGACGCCUGGCACUCCUACUCUCACUGACGGUACCACUCCCUCAUCGACGUACUCGCGGACGAUGCCGCGCAGUCCCACCACUGCCGGAGACCGUUCUUCGUUUCCUUCAGUCGCGACUCCCAUUCUCGCAAGCGAUGUCAGCCCAUCAGACGCUGUCUAUCAAGAACAAAGCUCCAAGUCUGACUCCCAGCCUUUGUCUCGCUAUGAGACAAGGGGAACGACCAGCACUGGCAGCUCUUUCACAUAUAAAAGCGCUGUGCGCGAUUCGGAAAUGAGCGGGGUUUCCCAGACAUCUACUCGAGCAACAUCUCCAGACAUUGGCGGUAAUGCCCAGGCGCCAUCGCUGAAAGGCAGCCUGAGCCGUUCCACUCUGGCAGAGGAGAACGACGAAACCGAGGCGAACAUUUUGGAGAAGACUUAUGCCCAUGAGCUGAUGUUCAAGGACGGCCAAGUGGUGGGUGGCAGUCUCAGGGCGUUAAUUGAGAAGCUCACUGCUCAUCAAUCGACCCCCGACGCUCUUUUUGUUUCGACCUUCUACCUCACUUUCCGUCUCUUCGUGUCACCUUUGGAAUUCGCGCAAGCCCUUGCUGAGCGGUACGAUUACAUCGGGGAUACCCCUCAUGCCGCAACUCCGGUCCGACUACGGGUUUACAACGUGUUCAAGGGCUGGUUAGAGUCUCACUGGCGUCAUGAUUGCGAUAACGUCGCUCUGGACUUUAUUUUGAACUUCUCCAAGACCAAAUUGAUGGUCGCCUUGCCGAAUGCCGGGAAGCGUCUCGUCGAGCUUGCAGAAAAAGUUUCUACUGUGCAUGGCCCCGUAGUACCACGCCUUGUCUCUUCAAUCGGAAAGACUAACACUGCCAUUGCGCAGUACGUGCCUCCUGAUACUCCCCUUCCACCUCCCAUUAUAACGAAGAGCCAAAUGAAUCUUUUGAAACAGUGGAAGAAUGGCGGCGCGAACAUCAGCAUUCUCGACUUUGAUCCUCUCGAAUUGGCGAGGCAGAUUACUAUCAAGGAGUCGAGAAUCUUCUGUUCGAUUCUUCCGGAAGAGCUGUUGGCCACAGAGUGGAUGAAGAAAUCCGGUUCGUUGGCAGUAAAUGUCCGGGCCAUGUCGACACUCUCUACAGACCUUGCCAACCUGGUCGCGGAUUCGAUUCUUCAGCUGGAGGAGCCCAAGAAGCGGGCUGUCAUCAUCAAGCAAUGGGUGAAGAUCGCCAACAAAUGUCUCGAGCUUAACAACUAUGAUUCGCUCAUGGCCAUCAUCUGCUCACUGAAUUCGUCCACUAUCGUCCGUCUCAAGCGGACCUGGGAACUGGUUUCGCAGAAGACGAAGGCCACCUUGGAUAAUCUCAAGGGGAUCGUGGACGUCUCCCGGAACUAUGCGGUUCUCCGUCAGCGCUUGCAGAAUCAUGUUGCGCCAUGCUUGCCCUUCGUGGGCGUGUACCUGACGGAUUUGACUUUUGUCGACCACGGCAACCCGCCUUUGAGAACUCUUCCCACGGAAGACGGCGAACUGACCGUGAUCAACUUUGACAAGCACAUGAAAACUGCCAAGAUCAUCAGUGAGCUGCAGCGUUUCCAGGUACCGUAUCGGUUGACAGAAGUGCCUGAACUUCAGACUUGGAUGCAAGACCAGUUCAUUCGGGUCCGGUCCAACGGGGAAAAGAGUUUCCAAAGCUACUAUCGUCGAUCGUUGAUCCUUGAGCCAAGAGAAACAGCGCAACCGCGCGGUGCUGCUGCCGAGUCGAGCUCGAUUUUGUCUCGGGAGACUACGAAAGAGAAAUUCGAUUUCCUCAAUUGGACUCACAAUUCGAAAGUGAAAUCUGUUGCGACGACUAGCUAG